AUGAAAAGCAAUCUCGCCCUUCUAAGCAUAGCGGCAUUUCUGCAUCUCGCAGCUGCCGAUUGGCAAUUCAAGUCUCGACCGGACCUGGCACCGCCGAGAUUGAAUAUCACCAUCCCGGCCGCGCCAGAUGUAGAGAAGGGCUAUCUCUUCAUCGCCCCCUUUGCUGGUCUCGAGCCGCCGGGUGAGACUCACGGUCCCCGUCAGUCGGGUCCGUACAUUUUCCGUGAUGACGGCGAACUCGUCUGGUCUGGCUAUUCGUACUACUCGAUCUGGGCGACCAACUUCCAGAAGGGCCGUUGGAAGGGUAGAGAUGUUCUCUUCUCCUUUGAAGGAGAUCAUAACCCCGCCUACGGCCAUGGUCACGGGCACACUACGAUCCUCGAUCAGCAUUAUGAGACGAUUCGCGAGCUCAGAGCUGGAAAUCACAAGUUGACAGACAAGCAUGAGUUUCACAUCAUCAAUGAAGAGACGGCGCUCAUCCAGAUCUAUCAGCCGGUUCCUAGAGACCUGCGUAAGUGGGGAGCGGGUCCGGAGCAGCAAUGGAUUGUAGAUGCCAUUAUUCAGGAGUUGGAUAUCGAAACUGGCGAGUUGCUCUUUGAAUGGUCCAGUCUGGAACAUGUCUCGCCGGACGAAGCCAUCCUCCCAAUUAACCCCGGCCAAGCAGGAUCCGGCUACAACUCCUCCGACGCCUGGGAUUACUUCCACAUCAACUCUGUCGACAAAGACUCCGAAGGUAACUAUCUCAUUUCCGCCCGCGACGCCUGCUCUGUGCACAAGAUCAACGGAACAACCGGCGAAAUCAUCUGGCGACUCGGUGGCAAGAAGUCCGAUUUCGCUCUCGGUCCCAAUGUGGACUUCUGCUUCCAGCACCAUGCUCGCUACGUCUCGAAGGACAGCCACAGCGAAGUGAUCUCCCUCUACGAUAACGCCGCUCACGGGACCGAAAGCGGACACGGCCACGAAGUCCACACGAACUCUUUCUCACAGGGUAAAAUCAUCAAAGUGGACACCAAGCGCUGGGAAGCGUCCAUCGUCCAGGCCUUCCAGCCGCCAGAUAACCUCCUUUCCAAAUCUCAAGGAAGCACUCAGCUCCUGCCCAACGGCAACGUCCUCGUAAACUGGGGGUCUGAAGGUGCCCUCACCGAAUUCCGUUCUGACGGUACUCCCAUUUUCCACACGUAUUUUGAUUCCGGCUUUCUGGGUGAAGGCGUCCAGAACUACCGUGGCUUCCGGUACAACUGGACCGGUCUCCCGAACGAAGCUCCUGCAAUCGUCUCUCUGAAGAAUGAAUCAGGUACAACCGUCUACGUAUCCUGGAACGGGGACACGGAGACAGCUUCAUGGCGGUUCUACGACGUCGUCGACGAAUACGGUUCUCGUCAAUAUCUGGGCGAGUCCAAAAGGACAGGUUUCGAGACAUCGCUCUUUUUGAAUGGCCACAUCCUGAAUGCUGUCUCGGCUGAUGCAGUUUCUGCACGUGGAAGCGUUCUCAGGUCUACUGGAAUUGCAAGAACCGAGGUUGAAGUUCUUCCUCCGCCGGGUGCUUCUUUGGCUGGUGACUCUUUUGGCCUCCAAGUUCAGGGCUAA